UAGCUAAAGAUAUGCUACUUGUUGAUGAUAAUCCAUUUUUUGUACUCAAUAGUGAUGUGAUGUGUGAGUUCCCUUUCAAAGCAAUUAUGGAUUUUCAUAAAAGUCAUGGAAAAGAAGGCACAAUUCUGGUAACCCAAGUUGAAGAACCUUCAAAAUAUGGUGUUGUUGUCUACGAUCAAACCACUGGACGGGUAGAUCGUUUUGUAGAAAAACCAAUUGAAUUUGUUGGUAAUAAAAUCAAUGCUGGUAUAUACCUGUUAAAUCCUAGUGUUAUCGACAAGAUACCUCUUCGUCCAACUUCAAUCGAGAAAGAGAUAUUCCCAGGGAUGGCAGAAAAUAAACAACUCUAUUGUAUCACAUUAUCAGGUUUUUGGAUGGAUGUUGGACAACCAAAUGAUUUUUUAAAAGGUACAAAUCUGUAUCUUAAUUAUUUGAAACAAUCGAAUAAUGUCAAAGAACUUGCAACUGGAGAUAAUAUUCAAGGAACUGUUAUCAUACAUCCUACAGCUGUAGUUUCGCCUACUUGUGUUCUUGGGCCUAGUGUUGUUAUCGGAGCAGAUUGUGUUGUAGGCGAUGGCGUUCGUAUUCGUAAUUCUACUCUGCUUCAAGGAAGUGUUAUUAAUGCUCAUUCUUGGAUAGAAAAUUGUAUUGUUGGUUGGCGGUGUAUUAUUGGACAAUGGGUUCGAAUGGAGAAUGUAUCUGUUCUCGGCGAAGAUGUUAUUGUAUCCGAUGAAUUAUUUGUCAAUGGUGCUCGUGUAUUACCGCAUAAAAGUAUAUCACAGUCAGUGAUUGAACCACAAAUUAUUAUGUAGUUGAAAGCGUCAUCUUGUUCUUGUUCUUUUUUGCCCCUUCUUCUUCUGCCUGCUGACAGGUUCUUUCUAUUUGCGUAUGCAUUAUUUUUCACUUUUUGAUACUUUCCAAUGCUGUGAUAAUAAUAAUAAUUUAUACUCAUAUAUGUGUGCCGCCGCGCAUGUAUGUAUCUUAUUUUGUUCUAAAUAUUUUUUGUAUAAAAAUGAGGGAAAAAUUAUAUUUAAAAAAGAAAAAACUGUUUCUUCAGGGUUGUUUUUCUAAUAUGAAAGCCACUAAUGUAACAUUCUGUUUAUUAUUAUUAUUACUACUACUAAUAUUGUAAUCAUCUACCGGUUGCUGAUAUCCAGUGUUUUUUGAAUGAGGGGAGGUGGGGGGGAAAGAAAGAUUUUGCCGCCAAAUGGGAGAAGCAAAAAUCCAAUCCAACCUAGUCCUAUUGUAGACUUUUGAACUGCUUAAUUCCGUUAUUAUUAUUAUUACUAUUAUUAAUACAAUUAAAAUUUGUUAGGAAGUAAUCUUUUUUGUGCUCCU